UUAGAGUUAGCCGAGUUGUAGCUGACAUUUUGUCUGAAUCUCGUUUGUUUACAACCCCCUGCAUAGUCCUGGCACUACCGAACGAGUCGGUGUCCUAUUACUCGUGGUUAUUUGUGAUGUAUGAAUGGAUAGUUGACGGACUAUCAUCACUAUUUGUACCUUUCUCUGAAGGGAAGAACGCAAACUGGCCUACCCACGGAAACCCAUCUACACGAGAAGCGGCGGCUCCUGAAACACAAGGGAAGGAAAACUGCAGGCCCGCUAAACGCCACUAUCAGAGUGUGUACUCGCCAGAUGGUAAAACCGAACACCUGGAAAUCAAAAGACCAAGACGGGAUGUGAUUGUUAGCAUUGUGAAGAAGACAGUGUCUGGAAUUGCUGGGUUUCUCCGUUUGCGACACUCAAGACCAAACACCAAUGAGAAAUACAGACUGCACAAGGGAGCCCAGCUCGGCCGGGCCACGUUUAUGGGGAUCGAUGAAAUUCAGAGCUGCCACCUAAACACGCAGAUGUGGAGCAGUGAUGUUAAAAUGGAGAAACCAAAAGAAGUGGGGUCGACGAAUAAAGAGAGGAAUUUCCCAAACUGUCAUUCGAAUCCUCAGCCCCUGACAAGGAAACACGAUGGAGUCAUGUUCUCGGCGAAUCACGAGCGGCCCAAGGACAGGACGCAGCGGAGGUCACUACAGCUCACGUCCACGCGCCCCGCCCUCGGGGUGGGCAUGGGGGUCUCGGAUUCGGAAACCUCCAGCCUGCCUCCGCCCACCCGCACUCACAAAGCCUGUCUGACCGUGGAGGAGGCCCUGAAAGAGAGCGAUCGGGAACACUACAGAAAGCUGGUGGAGAUGGUUUCUGAGAAAUACUCCACGAAUAAACCCCUGCCCUUUGGACGAGUGAAGACAUCAAUCACAACCCUUUCACUGGACGGACAUAAAUCCACCUCCCUCAUCAGAACCACUGAUAUAAGCCGACCCGGUCUGAUUAAAGCCAAUCCUAACGUGUCAGUGUGGAGGGAAACGGCUUCACAGAAACAACCUAAAGACAGAGUGGUGGAUGUCACGCUCACCAAAAAGCUUAACGCUGUCAGAACUGCGGGGGUCGAAGGUCAAACUUUGCAGAGCGUCCUGCCAGUGGAUGUGGACCUGUCUGCACAGGUGGCCUCCCGGUUAAAUUUAAACGACAGAGACCGGACGGCAGCGGCUCACUGUUCGGCGCAGGCGCGACCCGACCCGCUCGCAGAAACCAGGCGCGGCGAGGACGAGUUCCCACGACUCGGCAAGGAGAUGCUGCAGGAAGUGAGUGCUGCUCUGGCCCAGAGGGACCCCAACCUGGUACUGAGCAGUGCCUUCAAGCUGCGGAUUACCCAGAGAGAUCUGGCAACCCUGCAGGAGGGAAGCUGGCUCAAUGAUGAGGUCAUUAAUUUUUACCUGAACCUGGUGAUGGCUCGCAGUGAGCAGGACUCCGGAGGUAAGAGGGUGUAUUCCUUCAGCACCUUCUUCUUUCCCAAGCUACACACCGGCGGUCACGCGGCCGUCCGGCGCUGGACCAAGGCCGUAGACCUCUUCACGUACGACGCCAUCCUGGUUCCUCUUCACCUGGGUGUCCACUGGUCCCUUGCUGUGGUGGAUUUUAAGUCUAAAUCUGUGAGGUCAUAUGACUCGAUGGGCCAGAGGCAUGAUGACAUCUGUAACCUUAUCCUUCGCUAUCUGAAAGAGGAAUGUAAGGCCAAGAGGAGCAAAGAUCUCGACAUCACAAAAUGGACUGUGACCAGUUUAAAACCCACUGAAAUUCCUCAGCAGAGGAACGGCAGCGACUGUGGUGUGUUUGCCUGUAAAUACGCUGACUACAUUGCCCGAGGACACCCCCUUACUUUCAGACAGUGCCACAUGCCGUAUUUCAGGAAGGCCAUGAUCUGGGAGAUUCUCAAUCAGAAACUGCUGUAGGCGUGAGCGACAGAAUCUCAGCUCGACCAAAGCACAGGACCACGCAUUAAAACGUCUGCCCCUGACCGCUGCGGAACUGGGAACGGAUUUCCGGUUCCGUUUGUUUGCUCCCUCCCGGGUAACGAAACAGAAAAGACUGGUUCAGAGCGAGGGCUGAAUAUGACGGAAACUUCGUUGGUUCAUACUUACCUGUGGUGUGACUGAAGUGAAACCUAGACUGAGUGCGUGUGCGUGUGUGUGGAAGUGGAAGGUAUUUAGGCAGCUUUGUUCGAGAGAGAGAGAGGGGCACCCUAUCAUUCCAGUGAGAAUUGAGUCUUAUUGCCCCCCUGCUGGUGUGAACGGUGUAUGACGCAGGUCCCUUUUCACAGUGAUGAGAGACAGAGCUGAAUUACAUCUCAGAUGUGAGACAGAUUUAGAGUUGGAACUUUGUAUACGUUUAGACUGGAUACUGCUAUUUAAAGUGGUGUGUGACAGUUUUUUCGUUUGUUUUUUAUUUUU